AUGACUCGACAAAAUAAUCGUAACACCAAAUUGACGCAUACAGAUAAGACUAAAAAUGUGAUGUUGCUUGAUGAGACAAAUGAAAAGAAUGUGCUAAAAAUAAAUGAUAAGGAGAAGAACAAGUUGAUGAAGUCUUCUUGUUCUUUGGCUAUGCCUCGCCCCAACGGAUUACAAAAUAUUACUGGGAAUAAGAUGCGCAAGAAAAAAAAAGGUUCUAAAAAGAAAGAGGUGGACACGGUGGAUACGGUAGAUGCGAUAGAUGCGAUAGAUUCGAUAGAUGCGAUAGAUGCAGUGGGUGCGGUGGAUGCAGGGGUUGAGUCGGGAUGUGAUAAGGGCAUAGGUAGCAACCAUUUCAUUAAUGCACUUAAUAGCCACAGCAAUAAAAAUAGUAAUAAUCGAGAAAAAAUAGAUUACGACCAUGUCACAAACAAGAAAAAGGAAGAAGGGAAAGCGAUUCUAUGUCAUUUGCAGAAUAACAUAGAACUAGUAAAGCCUUCAAAAGAAGAAAUCAAUUUAAGAUGCAAUGAAGAGAAAGAAGCACAUAACAACACAGUGUUGUUGCGUAGUAAUAACUCUUGGAGGGGAGAUCAUAUCUUAAACUGCAAGUUUAAAAAUAUGAAAAAGUUGUCUAAUGGAGAAGCUAGUCUUAGGAGUAGUGUUCAUACUUGUAAGGGAAAAAAGAGUAGCAGAAGAGAUGAUAAUUGUGCAGAUAAUCAGGGAAACGUGCUAUGUGGUACUAAAAAUAAAGUAAUAUUAGACGGAAGCGUAAAAAUCGUGAAAACUGAGAUGCGUGAAUAUGUGGUGGAAAAUGGGGUAGAAGAUCAGGAAAAAAAUGCAAUUGAAAUGGAAGAUGCAGAGGAGAAUGCAAUUGAAAUGGAAGAUGCAGAGAAGAAUGCAAUUGAAAUGGAAGAUGCAGAGAAGAAUGCAAUUGAAAUGGAAGAUGCAGAGGAGAAGGCAAUUGAAAUGGAAGAUGCAGAGGAGAAGGCAUCGUACGAGGGACGUGCACAUGAAUUGGGUCCACAUUGCUCAACCAGAAAAUCGGAAGAUGGGGAACUGACCAAGGAAGACACAACGCAUCAGCAUGAAAAAUACAAGAGAAGAAAGAAAAAAAAUAAAAUAAAAAAAAAAGUUAAGUCCAGUUUAUUCAAAAAAAGCGUUUUGUACUCGAAUUAUGGGGGCCAUGAUAUUCUAAAUGUGCUGAACCAAACGAAGUUGAGCUUGAGUUUUUAUCAGCGGGAAGUGGACGACUUUUUGAGUGUCAUUAGGAAUCUCCAAAAUAUUGUUCUGAUUGAACGUGAAAAGUACACUGAAUUAAAGGAAAUGUUGAAAUACACAACGGAAGAAAUUGAAAAAGAAAAUUCGAGAUUAUACGAAGAAGUACAUUUCUACAAACAAAAAUACAACAAAUUACGAAGUGUAAUAUCAAAUAUAGGCUAUGGGAUUCUAUUCAAUACACAUAAAAAGGAAAUGCCCACAUAUAUCAAUAAUGCAUAUAUGAAUUUUGAAAAAUUGUAUGCCGAUGAGAGAAAUGAUGAAUACAGUACGCAACCAAAUGAGUAUGAUUAUGUCAUGGUUAAUAAGAAUCUCGGUUUGACAAAUCAUAGUGGUUCUAAGAAUAGACCUGUUAAGAGGGAGCGCAGAGGAAACUAUUCUUCGUUGCUCAAGUAUAUCGAUUUUUGA